CAUUCAAUCAACACCAGUUGCACACCAGUUUAAAUUCACCUUUAAUAUAGCAAACAUCAAUUUGAAAAUUGUAAUUGAAGAUUGCGUCUGUUAAUGCAUAAUGGCACUAUUGCUAAAGACUACGUAUGAAGCUUAUAAAUAUGCCAGAGAUGACCUAAAAGAUCCUCGAACGGCCGAUUGGUUUCUGGUUCACUCGCCAAUUCCAGUCAUAUUUAUAACGGCCAUGUACUUCUUCACGGUAAAAGAAUGGCUUCCUAAAUUUAUGGAAAACAGGCCAGCAUACGAUCUACGUAAAGUUUUAGUAUAUUACAACUUACUACAAGUUGUACUUAGUGGAUACAUAGUUGUUAUGGCAAGUACAAGUUUACACACAUUGAAUUUGACAUGCUCGCCAGUGGAUUACUCUGACAACCCGCAUGCGAUGAAUUUUGCCAAACUUACAUGGUUCUAUUACAUGGUAAAAGUUGUCGAUCUAUUAGACACUGUAUUUUUCAUAUUACGCAAAAAAGAAAGCCAAGCAACUUUUUUACACAUUUACCACCAUUUUGGUAUGUUCUUUGUGGGAUGGGUGGGCACCAAGUAUGUCGCCGGUGGAGAAUCUGUCUUUGUCGGGAUUAUCAACUCGUUUGUACAUGUUAUCAUGUAUAGUUAUUAUAUGUUUGCCGCAUGGAAACCGGAAAUGAAAGAGACAAUCUUCAAGUUUAAGAAGCACGUCACCCAAUUACAACUUUUGCAAUUCAUGACAUUAUUCUGCAUCUAUUUUCCGAAACUCUUCACAGAUUGUAACUUCCCGAAAACACUAUUGAUAUUUGUUGUACCGCAAGAUCUGACGAUGAUUAUCAUGUUUGGUGAUUUCUACUAUCAUGCGUAUAUCAAGGGCAAUGGAAAAAAGGCACAGGUUAAGGACACCCACUGACGUACGUUAGCUAUUGCUGCAAAACAACGAACAAUGGCUGCACAAUGAGGUGCACUAUUUAUGAAUAUAUAAUUUUGUUUUUCUGUCUAUGUAUUCACGUACAAAUCAGUAGAAUAAAUAUUAAUAAUUUAAUAAA